AUGGGGGUGGAAACUGCAGACGGAACGCCAGGAGGGCGCUCGGAGCUGUCCCAGAUGCAGCAGCAGGUGUCGGACACCUCGGUGGUUCUGUCGAUGGACAACAACCGGAGCCUGGACCUCAACAGCAUCAUCGCCGAGGUGAAGGCGCAGUACGAGGACAUCGCCAACCGCAGCCGCGCCGAGGCCGAGGCCUGGUACCAGAACAAGUACGAGGAGCUGCAGGUCUCGGCCGGGCGCCACGGGGACGACCUGAGGAACACCAAGAUGGAGAUCUCGGAGAUCAACAGGAUGGUGCAGCGGCUGCGCAACGAGAUCGACAGCGUCAAGAAGCAGGUGGGGGUCAAGAAGCAGGUGGGGGUCAAGAAGCAG